AUGCUUUCGCAACGUCUAAAAAGACUCCAGCGCAGUAUUUUUUGGUUUCGAGUGCUGUUGAGAUGGUGUCCACUACACGGUGAAGUUGAUGGGUUGUGGAAACCAAACUGGAAGUUUGGAAUACUGUUGUUCAAUUACGCAAUGGUAGUGAUGCGCUUGAGGAUGACUUUUUCUAAUAUUUUUCCAAGAACCGGUAGAAGGCUAAUAGGCCGGAACGAGAAGGGUUGUUCUGGGGGCUUACCAGGUGUGAGUACAGUGACAAUGAAUGAUGAUUUCCAAGUAGUUGGGAAGGAGAUUUUUAACAACUUUGUUGGAUCAAAAAUAUUAAGUUCCGAUUUUAUAAAAGUUAAGUUCCAAAUAAGGUCAGUUUCAAAAAACUUGGACAAAAGAGUUGAGUUCCCGAAAACUUGGACAAAAGCGAAGUACCGAUUUUAUAAAAGCGAAGUUCCAAAAAAGUUCUUGUUCAACAACCCAAUUGUCAUAGUGGGACGUGCUUUUGAUCCAGUCGAUUAUGGCUUGUGUUCUCUUGAUGAUCUAUUAACGCAAGUAUCAGAAAAUACCGUCGUCAUCGGUCAUCUGGAUGGUCAAAAAUCAGUGGCAAUCCCUAAACGAGAACAGACUCCAGAAGAAAUUGAACGCACCAAAGCCUUUGCUAAAGAAGUAAUAGAGUUGUUAAGUCAUGCCCCGCAGUGUUGUCUGUUAUUUAAUAAGUUCAUACCUUCUUACCAUCACCAUUUUGGUCAUCAGUGUAAAGUAGCUGAUUUUGGAUUCACAAAAUUGAUCGAACUGUUCGAAUCAAUACCGCACAUUGUAAAGAUCGAAGACGAUUUGGAAGGAGAGCGCCGCGUGUCAUUGACGACUGAUGUGAAACAAAAUGUGCUUGGUGAUCAGUUGGCCGCAUUGGCUGUUUAUCCACUGCAAAUUAGUCAAUUACAAAACGCCUUCUUGUGGCAGUAUGGCUAUGCUCUUAAACCUUCCGUAUAUGAAUGUGAGACACUCAUCGAACUGUUACAAAAGCUUGAUGAUGCUGUCAAGGUGGUGGACAAUCACGGUGAGCUGUUUUUGAUAGCUGUGGACCGUAAAGAAGCCCAAAGGUUGUCUCUAAAAGUUCGCCGUGUACUGAUGGAACACUCGUCCAAUGACAAGAUGUCUGUUUUGCAGUUUCAGUCUGUGUACCAAACAAUGUUUGGCGAAUCUAUAAACAUUGAAACUAUGCAGGAGAAACUUGGUGAAACUAUAAAGAUCGUCAAGACUAAAUUUGGAGAAGAAUAUGUACAAUUGACUCCUUUGCAAUUGUUCGCCCAAGAUAUGUAUCGUUUGUUAAUGAUCUCAGAUGGUCGAUUGUUGUUGACAUCCCUUGAAGCUGCUUACUUGCGUCUGUUUGGCACCGCCAUUCAGCCAGCUGUUUACGGAUAUCAGUCCGUAAUGGCACUGAUAACCAGUAUUCCGCACACAGUCCUCAUUGAAAACAAGCCGCCCAAACGUUACAUCAUACUCAACAGAGAACUUGCCAGUGUAGGUAUUCAUUUGCCUAACAGUAUAAUUAAAUCGCCCAUGCCAGAUCAAAUGACAAAGAAUAAUUAUAGUAAGCCUGAUAUGAGCUUAAUGAACCACAAUGAGAAUUUAAGAGAAAACAAUGUUUUGCUACCAGACGAGAAUAAGACACCUGUGGUGGUCAAACUUCCUGAUCUGAAGUUACAUCCAAACAUAUUCAAUAUGAGUCCUAUGUCAUUGAUUAACUGUACUUCACCACAAGCUCCUCAUCCAUCACAAGUGCCAAUGCCUACUGAAUUGUGUCCGCCAUUCGGUGACAAGUACAAACCCAUUACUACAAUCAACAAUAACAAUCAUUACAAUGACAAUCAGUUUUGCUGCCCAAUGAUGGGCAACAAUGAUUUACCAAAUACUAACGAUCAAGGAGAUCAAAAUCAGCGUUUAGUUCAUCAAAUGAAUGAUCGUUUUCUUUAGAAAAUUUAAAUCAUCCAAGACGGGUUUCAAUAGUUUUUUAAAACGAAAGACGUCAAUAUAUAUAUAUAGAAAAAGAAAAGUAAAAUGAAAUGUUUCUAGGUUUAUAUUUUUUUUUUAUAUCAGGACUGACUCUCACUCCUAAAUAACUAAAAAGUAUUUUUAUUCGUUUGAUUUUUAAACAAAACAUUUUUCCUGGAGAAAAACCUUUAUAUUUAUAUUUACAAAGUCUAUUAGCUUAAGGGAUAAAGUGAUGUAUUAAUGGAUCUCACUUUUGAUUUUUUAUGUGUUCACUAGAUGUUUUAAUUUAUAUUACAUUUAUCGCAUAGUUAAUAUGUAAAAAUAAUAAAUAUGAAUGUAUUUAUAUUUAUAUAUAUUAUACAUGCACGUAACUGAAUAAAAAUAUAAUUAAUAGUAAUAAUAAUGUGUGGUACUAGUAUAUUACAAUGUCACACGGGAGUAUUAAAAUGUUUUCAAUAUGUCAAGUUUUUUAUUACUAAUUUUGCUUAAGUUAUUAUUAGGAUUAAGUAAAUGUGCAUAGUUUAUUUUGAGUACAAUUUUAGAAUAAUCAAUUUUGUUGAAAUAUUUCACCGAAAGGUUAGUGUUAAAUUUUGUUUGGCAUUAUGCUUAAACAUAUAAUAUAUAUAUUACGUAAAAUAUUUUAUUUUUAUGGAUAUUUAUUUAAAUAUAUCCUACUAUAACAGAAUUAUAAAAUAAAUACUUAAGCCAUGUGUUUUGAGGGUAUGCAAUUUUUUUUAUUACCAAACAAAGACACAAAACGUAAAAAAGUAAAAUAAACUUUUAAAUUGUUAUUUUUUUUUUAUUGGUAUUUAUUUUUCUAUCGUUAACUGGUUACAAUUUUUUUUUUAUUGAUAGAAAAAUAUGUAUAUCAAUCAUGUUAGUAUAUAAUAAUUACAUGUAUACACCUCUUUGUUAUAUUAUUAUUAUUGUUACUCAAUUAAUUGAAGAGGUAUUUUUUCUAUAUCAUAUUUUGUUCUAUUAGUUCUAAGUAGUAUACUGUAUAUCAAUAGUACAAUACAUAUAUAUGUAUAUAUAUGGUCUAAUGAUCACUAAAUAUCCUAAUCAUUUAGACUAUUUAGUCUUAUUUUUAUUUGUAUUGAUGUUUUUCUCAUUACGUUUAAAAGUAUUUUUUUAUAUACUUUUCCUUUUUAUUUAUUCAUAUAUAAAUACGUGCCAAAUAUUGUUUUUUUUUUUUUUAAAUUAUUUAUGUAUUUACUAUUUACUAAAUGAACAACCACUUACCAUGUGAUAAACUUACAUUGUGUAGUAUGUACUUUUAAUAACACUGUAUCUAACCUAAUUUUAUUGUCCAUUACAUGGGUGCUCAAACGUAAAAAAAAAUGCAUGUAUGUACAAUAUGUCGAUUAAAAUGUUAUGUUUACUAUGUUAUUUAAUUAAAAAAAUAUAAAACAUCAAUAAUUCAGCUUAGAGUCUA